UAGUGUGUUGAAUAGUGAACGGAGUAGUGUCUUGGUGGGUUUCGCAGGUGUCAUUCAAAUGACAUCUCAGUGAAUUUCUUAGUGCUGUGAUGUAAGUAAGCUAGUAAACAUUCAUUAACUUUUAAAUACUCACUAAUAAGACCCUUUUUAAAGGAUAGUGAGUAAUUCGCUGUGGUGUUAGGUCUAUAUGUUUCACGUGGGCAGCCUUACAGCUGUACUGCAAUUUGUGUAUGCUCUACUUCUGUACUAAUUGUAGUAGAUCUGACACGUCCACAUUAUUUAAGCGCUGAACUCAGGAACAUAAGAAGCUUUUACCUCUGCUGUUAGGAUUUAGACCAGUGGCCUGCGAUGAGCUGUCACUGAUCAUGAAGCAGAUUAAACCUUUGCUCCAUUGCCUGGGCUGCUGAUACCUGAAGACACCGUUGUACCUGAGCCUACAGGUUCUGCCAGUGAAAAAAAAAAACACACACAAGGAAACUUGGGAGCCAGAGUUUCUUCAUUCCUCAUUCAGCUCCAUUUAGUUUGAUUUGGUCCCCAUGAGUCUGUGUGUCACUCACAAGGUCGCAUGAGGAGUAAACAAGCUAGAGUGUAUUUCUUAUGAAGUGAACUUGUAUGUAGCAACAUACUUCUGAAAGCCCCCACCACUACCACAGCAUUGGCGCCAUUAAAAAAGGAACAAUGAAAGCUGUGCUUGCGUCAUCAGUUUUCCUGCCAGCGACAACACAGGAGUUUUUAAUCAAAGGUCAACGUUCUGACCAUGAAGUAUAGUAGGCUGUAACUGUAACUGAUGCACUGACCUGGUUCUUGGGAGGUACGGCUGCCCGAAAACAAAUGUUCAAGCUGGUUGAGAAUAUCAGUCAGGCAAACAGAUCAAAUGUUUGUUUUCUUUGGAAUGAUUCACUGUCAGAUAUUUGGCAUAUUUUUAAACUCCAGGCAAGUAGGAAGAAUGCACUGGAAUGGGGGUAGAGAGAGAGAGAGAGAGAGAGAGAGAGAAAGGAAGAAGAUGUAUUACUGGCAUUCCAGAAAAGCCUGUUCGCCAAGGGAACCACCUCUUUGGGGCUUUCAGUGGAAGCCAAUUAGAGUCACUAACAGAGUCACUUAAAAAAAAAAGAGUAUCCCUCCAGGGUGCAAGUCAUCAGUCAUCACCAAAUUCUCAUGAGCAACACUUGUGAAAGCGUGAGUGUGGGAGGCACUGCUGCCUGAAAACAAAUGUUCAGCUGGUUGAGAAUAUCAGUCAGGCAAACAGUGGAAUCUGUUUUGGUCGGUUGUUGAUCUGGAAGAUCUUUGGUUCACGUAGAAGUGGAUAGUGAGUGUUUCCAAGCACACUGCAGCUGACCCACUUCUUCCUCUUACUUCCUGAUUGACAGAGCCAUAAAAUCAUCAGUAAAGAUGUAGGUGCUUUUUGUGGGACUUCUGUUGAUUCGGGAAGUUGAUAUGUCAUGUUUGGGGCUAUCUCUCCAUCUCAUCUGCUGAAUUUCCAUGGCGAGCUAAGGGGAAGUGAGACUACUUGUCUAUUUUGAAAAAAAGGAGAUAAUGCACGUAUUCAGUUGUGUUCAUGUAUGUGGGCGUGUGUGUGUAUGCGUCCUUCUGUGACAUCAGCACCAGAAGCCACUGGCUAAGGCGUGUCCACGGUGAGAGCUGACAGGUGUGUAGGGUGUGUGGAGGCGUCAGCCAUGCACUCCCACCCACGUCUCCUCACGUACCUAUCACUCACCCCAGUGGAGCAGUUCUAGGCAGGCCGAGGUCAGUUUCUGCAACAUCAGGCAGCGUGGGGAAACCAGAGGCAGGCUAAACGGAAUCCUCCUCCAGCGAGCAGCGUGGUUUACUUUUUUAAUGCCGCGGAGCAUGAGAGGCGGGGAGGAGAUCGUGCAUCGGCUGGCUCCCUCCAGGCAGAAUGUUCGCGGAAAGGCCAACCGAGGCCGACCGCGGUUCUCUAACAGCCCACGUAGCCAACGCCUGAGACCAGCCGCCCUCCCACAGAUCAGGGACCCCAGCCCCACCGAGAUGAGCGUGGAUCCCUGGGUGCACCAUCACGAUCAGGCCACUUCGGAUCGGUGCCCCCAGACAGAGCAUCCAGACAAGCUGUGCCUCGACUCGUUCUGGAGCGAAGUGGAGACCAUCCGCAGCAGCAGCAGCUUCAGCGAGCCCAACCCCGAGAGACGAGACUCCAAGCACUCAGAAGAGGGCGAACAGGAGGAGCAGUGGCUUCAGGAUGCGGGCAUGUCUACUCUGAUCCGCGAGGACAGUGACGAGUCGGACAAGGUGGUGCUGCUGUCCACCCUGACCCGCACGCAGGCGGCCGCCGUCCAGCGUCGGCUGGACUCCUACACGUGCUCCCUGCGCAAGAAGAACAAGCCCCCCCCACGAGACGUCAGGGACAUAUUCAACCCCCCACGCUCUCAGAGUCCACUCACAGCCGGUCGGGACUCAGAGCAGGAGCCGAGGAAAAGCAUGGAGACCAUCACCAAAACCCCACUCUCAGAGAGGUCGGUGAGUGUGGACUCCCAGAGGGGAUUGCCUAAAGAGGAGACCUUCAUCACAGACGUGGCGUACUGCGAGCAGGCAGCCAUUCUGCUCAAGCAGGCCAAGCUGCCACCGACCACCAACCAGCACCGGAAAGAUGACGGCACACUUCCUAGAGUGGUCUGCCCCCAGUGCAGGCUAGGGGUGACCCGCAUCCAUGACCUCUCGCAGCAGGACAUGAAGAAGGUGCGACAGCUCGCCCUCAUCGACAUGACGGCUCUGUGCGACCUACUGGAGCUGGACGUCAAGCGCCACAAGACCUGCAAGAGGAAGAUCUCAGAAAGCUUACUUUUUGGGGUCUCCCUUGCAACGUUGGUGGAAAGCGACCAGAAAAUCAAGGCCAACACGAAUAUUCCUCUCAUCCUGCAGUCGCUGCUGUCUUUCCUGGAGAAAAAGGGGAUUGACUCUGAAGGGAUCUUGCGGGUCUCGGGGUCCCAAGCCAGAAUCAAGCUCCUGCAACAGAAGCUGGAGAGCACGUUCUACUCUAGCAGCUUCAGCUGGGACGAGGUGAGUCCCAACGACGUGGCGGCGCUCCUGAAGAAGUUCAUCCGAGACCUGCCCUCCCCGCUGCUGACCUCGGAGCACCUCAACACCUUCAACGCCGUCAGGGACAUCCCUGAUUUGAAACAGAGGCUCCAUGUGCUGAAUCUGCUCAUCCUCCUUCUGCCUGAGCCCAACAGGAACACACUUAAGGCUCUGCUGGAGUUCCUCAGUAAGGUCGUCUCCCGGGAGCGCCGCAACCGCAUGAACCUGUGGGCCGUCUCCACCAUCAUGGCCCCCAACCUCUUCCUCCACAAGUCCGUGCCCAGCCGCCUGGACGGCUCCGAGAAGGGCCAGGCCGAGCGCGCUGCCGACAUCAUGAGGCUCCUCAUCCGCUACCAGGACCUCCUGUGGAAUAUUCCCAAUUUCCUGAUGAGCCAGGUGCGUAAGCUGAAUGAGAACAGUAACCGCCGCUACCAGUUCUACGACAAGCGCAUCAAGAACCUGCUGAGGAAGAUCCACACCGACAGCAGGGACAAACCAGACAAGAACUCCACAGAGCCCUGCCGCACGGUGAAGAUCGAGGUGGGCGAGGCGCCGUGCAGCAGCAUGGAGGUGCGGCUCAACAUCAACUCGCGUGCCGCUGACCUGCUGGUCCAGUUCCACCGGGAGACGCACGCCUCGGACAACAGCAAGGGCCCGCUCAGAAGGAACGGAUCAGUCCACUACCGUGACUACGCCAUCUACGAGGUGGGAGGGAACAUCGGAGAGCACUGUCUGGACCCGGAGACUCACCUGCUGGAUCUGUACAACAACAACCCCGGCGGGGAGUGGGUGAUCCGGCUCAAGCAUGCGACCAGCAGGGGGCUCUAAGAGCCACUACACCUCAGCAAGAUGGAGGAGUGGAGCCUAGACCACACCAUGCCGAGACAGAGAGACAGAGACAGAGACAGAGAGAGAGAGAGAGACAAAGCCUUCAUAUUGCUUUCUCUCGUUCAUCUGGCUCUCACUCCUUCCUGUUUUCCUGGAUCUUUGACUGCAGACUAACGGUCGGGUUUGACCGUCUGAGGAACUGACAGCGUCGUGUCUGCUCUGACUGUCUGCUAGACACUCCCAGACACUCUAUGCAUGGAGCUCUCGAUCGGUGCCGCCACACAGACGGGUAUUUUUUUGGGCAUCUCUGUCUGCCUGCCGCCAUGUUGCCAUGGUAACUCAUGACCAGCCGUACCCGCUGUUUUCACUCCUCGUCCCGAGGCAAAACUCACAGACAUCUUAAAACAGAAGAACGUUUAUGUGUGUGUGUGUGUGUGUGACAUUGUUUGUGUGUGCGAUUGUUUGUAUGUGUAUGUGUGCAUGGCUAGAAGACAUCUUUGUUUUUGUGUGUGUGUUUUUUGUGUUUGUAUGAGUGUUGUGUUGUGCGUGUACAGCCAACCACAGAGGAAAUGAGUGAGGGACUCUGAUGGACUUAUAUUUGUUUUUUUAUCAGUUUCUCAUUCCGAGUGGGUGAGGAAUCCUCUUAAAGAGACUGUGAAUUUGUGAAGAAAGCUGUUUGAAAUGUUUUUUGAAGCUGGACUUCUGGUUGCUCACACUUUCAAUACACUUUGUUUAUUUC